CAAUAGUGCAAUACCUAAUCAAAAAGCAAAAGCAAAGCAAAGUUCUUUGUCACUUCUCGAACCUUCAAACAGUUGUACCUCUUUCUUCUCCGCUCUCACUCCUUUCCUACAGCUUCAUUUCUUUAAUGGGUCGUCGUCGUCUUCUACUAUCUGCCUCCAUAUUCACACUCCUCACCCUCUCGUUCUUCUCAGAAAUGGAGUCGGCCUCGUUCAAGAUAGUGAACAAGUGCCGCCACACAAUCUGGCCGGGUGUUCUCUCCGGCGCCAACAGCCAACCUCUCUCGCCCACCGGCUUCGCGCUCAAGAGCGGCAAGUCCCGGACUUUGUCGGUACCCAAAUCAUGGUCGGGUCGGAUGUGGGCCCGGACCCUCUGCUCCGGAUCCUCCCCCGGAAACUUCUCCUGCCUCACCGCUGACUGCGGCUCCGGGAAGAUCGAGUGCGCGGGAAGCGGCGCCAAGCCGCCGGCUACUCUAGCCGAGUUCACUCUCAACGGCGCCGACGGCUUGGACUUCUAUGACGUCAGCCUCGUCGACGGGUACAACCUCCCGGUGCUGGUGGUGCCGCGUGGCGGGAGGAGAGGCGGGUGCAGCCCCACGGGGUGCUUGGUGGACUUGAACGGCGCGUGCCCAAAGGCGCUGAGGGUCGCGCGUGAGGGGAAGAGUGGGGGCGUGGUGGCGUGUAGGAGCGCGUGCGAGGCGUUUGGGGAGCCGCAGUUUUGUUGCAGUGAGGCGUACGCGACGCCCGACACGUGUUCGCCCUCGGUGUUUUCGCAGUAUUUCAAACAUGUUUGCCCACGCGCGUAUAGCUAUGCGUAUGAUGACAAGACGAGUACGUACACGUGUGCGUCGGCUGACUACAUUAUUAUUUUCUGCCCUUUGCCCCAUACCAGUCAAAAGGUGUUGGGAGCACGAAAAGAUGGGGCGCCACUACCACUGGUUAAUGAGACAAUGAUGUACUUAUAAGGAGCCAACAAUACUCUACUAGUACUUCAUCCUCACGUCUAGCUCGGAUGCCUUAAUUUGCUCAUGUCGUCCUGCCACUUUUUCAAGCUUUCUGACUAACAUUUGCCCUGGCAUUAAUGUCCCGGAACAUCACUACAAUCCCAGCGGAAGAGCAGGUGUGUGUCAUCGAUGAGAACGUACCAUUAUUUUGGCUCUCCCUCUUGCUUGGUAAUAGUACAACACACAUAGGGUUGUAGGGGAUAAAUCCUUGAGAAAUCUUGUAGAUAAGUUUAUGUACCUCUUUGCGCUCCAUCCAGUCAUAAUCAUAUACAUAGUACAUACGACUACAAAUUUUGCCUCCUGACUUUUCUAUUUCAAUGGAUUAGUAAUCUUAGUUAA